UGGCCAUCGAGCGAUGGAACAAGAUCUGCCGCUGCGCGAGUCGCUGCUCAUGGCCACCGAGCCGGCGCCCGUCCCGACGCGGGCAACGAGCGGCGCCGUAAAGCUCUCAGCGUACCUCAUUGCGCUUAGCUCAUUCCUCUGGGGCUACGGCUUCUCGGUGCUCAACGUCUGCAUCGCCGAGAACGCGGCUGGCUCGAUCCUCGUCGACUUUGAUCUUUCGGACGCCGAGAUCGAGCUCGCGUCCUCGCUCGUGCUCAUUGGCGCCUGGAUCUCGGCGCUCUUGACAGCGUCCAUGGCCGAUGCGUACGGCCGCCGGAAGCUCCUCCUUGCCAACAACGUCCUCUUUGUCGGCGGCGCGAUUGCGUGCGCCUGCGCCAAAACGAAAGGCGACAUCUACAUUGGCCGCACAAUCAUCGGUCUCGCUUGCGGCAUUGUCACGAACGUGACGCCCAUCUUGCUGGCCGAGAUCGCGCCGGCCGAGAGCCGCGGCCAGAUUACGACCUUGCACCAGCUCAUGCUCACGAUCGGCAUCCUGGGCUCUUCAGUCUUGGGCUACGGCUUGGUCUCGUCCGUGGCAUCCGGCUGGCGCUAUGUGAACGCGUUCGUCGCUGUGCCCGCACUCCUCCAGGUGAUGCUCAUGCCAUGGGUCCCAGAGAGCCCGCGCUGGCUCCUCGCGAAUGGCAAGGACGAAGAGGCGCGGACGCAGCUCGUGCGCCUUCGCGACGUCGUGCACGCGACAGACAUUGACGUCGAGCUCAAGCAGCUACGACACGACAUGCUCGCCGACAAGAGAGCGUCACCGACGGACAUCUCCUUUUGCGGUCUCUGGGCCUUCAAGCGGCCGAUGCUCAUCGGGAGCUUCCUCGUCUUCUUCCAAGCCAUGACGGGCAUCAACACGGUCAUUCUCUACUCGUCCAAGAUCUUUCACUUUGCCGGCGUCGACCAGCCCAUCAUGGCGACCGCGUCCGUGGGCACGAUCAACGUCCUGACGACAGUCCUUUCCGUCUUCCUCGUCGACUACUGUGGACGCAAGAUCUUACUUCUCGUGAGCAGCGCGCUCAUGGCACUCUCGCUCGGCGUGCUUAGCUACACGCUGCUGUACCUCAGCGACAAGCUACAGGGCAUCCUCGCGGUCAUCUGCGUGCUGGUCUUUGUCGCUGGCUUUGCCGUCGGCCUCGGUGCAGUGAUCUGGGUUGUGCUGGCCGAGAUCACGCCGAGCGUCAUUCGCACGCGGGCGAUGGGCGUCUUCAUGGCCAUCAGCUACGCGUGCAACGUGUUUGUGGCUACGUGCACGCUCGGGAUUAUCAAGGCGCUCGGCCACGGCCACAAGGACGUCGAGAAGAACGGCAUUGCCAAGCUCUACUUGAUUUGCGGGGGUCUCUCGGUGCUCUGCUUUCUCUUCAUCGCCAAGUUUGUCCCCGAGACAAAAGGGCUCUCGCACGACGGUUAUGACAAGCAAACUACUUAUGACGAUGACGACGGCGCGACGUCCCGGCUCCGCGUCUCGAGCGACGAGGCGACGCUCCUGUCCAGCGAGAGCUCCCGCAGUAGCCGCGCGUAGCAUCGGCCGUCGUUUGAGCAGUCGACCCUGCGUGGUUCUGUACUUAGUGGGUAUGUAUUAGUGAUCAAUACUAAAUGUCGACGUACUACAGCGUUGUCCACACG